AUGACUAGCCAGCAAUAUAUGUUCAACAAAGCAAUAACCUUUACUACUACAAUUACAAUCUCAUCUGUCAACCAGCCUCUGAUGUCUUCAUUUUCUUUUUCACAAAGUUCUAAUUCCUUGCCAUGUUCUACAAAGUUACAAUUUGGGUCAAGCAUAGCAUCGCUAUCAACACUGUCAGUUAUGUCAACAGUGACACAAACUAAUGCUCCUCAAUUUUCAUUUGGUUUUAAUCUUCCAACUGCAAAAUCACAAAAUAGUUCAACUGAUUUGUUCACAAAUUCUCAGCAAACGUUUACCGGUUUGCAACCAAGUUCAACAAUUUCUACAUCAUCAGUUGUUUUUGGUGCAUCCAAACUUGCCAAAACAAACUCAUUCUCGACAGGUAAUUCAACUACUUUUAAUUUUGGUCCCGUUUCUUCUUUGGCCAGUUCUGAUCAGCAACAGAACUCCACUUCAUCAUCAACAGUGUUGUUCAACUCCACCUCACAACAAUUAAGCUCCAUUUCCACAGCACCAUCUUCAUUCAAUUUUGGUUCUAAUUUUUUGCAACAGUCAACAUCUGCUUCGCAGUCUUCUUUCAGUUUUGUUACACAUAAAUUUACAAGGCCUGAUAUAAGUGAAGCAUCUUCUUUUGUCUUUGGAUCAGCAGUGCAAAAUGGCAUUCAACAACAGUCAUCUCAGCCAUCUUCUUUUAACUUUGCGCAGCAGUUACCACUUCAAAUGCAAGCUGAUAAGCAGCAACCUACUUUUCUAGGAUUUGGAAAAUCUUCCUCUUCCUCAAUAGAUAUGAAGGUGAGGUUUAGUCGACCUGCUAUGCAAGUACGACGGCUCGUAAAAGCUGAUGAGUUCCUUAAAAAGAUAUUUCUUUAUGCAAAUAGUUCAAUAUGUCUGUCAAUGUUUGACGAUGCAGGAAACCUUAAACGUCUAGGCCAGAUUGUUAUUGGAUAA